UAUACUGUGACCAGCUGCUGUCACAGUAUAUUAUCUAUCUGGCAAUAAAAUCAUAAACUCUCAGAUAGGCUAAAGUCUCACCUCUACACACAACAUGCAGCUUUGCGUCAAGAUGAAAAUGCGUCUGUUCAGCUGGUUUGGAUUUUGGCUGUUUGCCCUCUGCAGCCUCUCAGUAACCACAGGGCAGUCGAACCUGAUUUGUUCACCUCAACCAAUCGUAGCCCUGGCUGGUGAUGGUGUCAUUCUACCAUGUCGCCUUGAUCCUCCCACCAGUGCCAGUUCCAGGACAGUGGAGUGGACCAGACCUGGUUUGGACCCAGAGUACGUCCAUGUUCACCAAGAUGGACGACUGGUGCAUCAGAGUCAGAAUCCGCUGUAUAAUUACCGCACUGCACUGUUUGUGGAUCAGCUGAUCAACGGAAACGUCUCUCUGAACCUCUUCAAAGUGAAAAUCUCUGAUGCAGGAAAAUACAAAUGCUUCCUUCCCUCAUUACGUAAAGAAGCUUCUAUCCAGAUCACUGUUGGUGCCGUUUCCUCACCUGUCAUAACUUUAGCAGGGACUGACAGAGACAAGAGAGGAGUGGUGUUACAGUGUGAGUCUGCAGGCUGGUAUCCAGAGCCUGAGGUGUUGUGGCUGGACGGUGAGGGAAAGCUCCUCUCUGCUGGACCUACAGAGACAGUCAGAGGUCCUGAUGACCUCUAUACUGUCAGCAGCAGAGUGACUGUGGAGAAGAGACACAGCAACAGCUUCACCUGUAGAGUCCAACAGAGGAACAUCAACCAGACCAGAGAGACACACAUCCAGGUUCCAGAGGAUUUCUUCCUUUCCACCAGCUGUACUGCCUCUACUGCCAUUAGUGUGUUGUUUGGCCUCAUGUUUGUUUUCACGGUUGGCUUUUUUGUCUGGAAAUGGAGACAAAACAAAAAAGAGACUGAAAACAAAGAGCACAAAACUGAAGGAGAAAAGAACACAUGUAAAAGUAAGAACACUGAGGGUCAGUCUCAGAGUGACCCACUUCUUAAAUCACAGACGGAGCACAACAAGGCUCAGGACAUGGGGUCAAGAGGAAAGGUUACCACACAUGUUUCUCCACUGAAGGAAGGGAAACAAUUUCAGCUUGAGCAGAAAUCCAGCCCUGACAGCCAGGAGAUAGCAACCAAUAGCCGUGUCAUUUUUGACGAGGUCGACCUGGGUGGCAAAUUUGUUCGUCUCAGAAACAAGUCCAGUGAGAACCAACUGCUGGUUAACUGUAAGGUCAACAUAGAGGUCAACGGGAGUACCAUCUCCUAUAAGUUUCCUGGGGGGUUCAGCCUUGAAGCUGGAAACAUGGUUACAAUCUGGGCGUCAGAUGGUGGAGGAAACCACAACCCUCCAACUGAUGUAGUUUGGGAUCAACAGAAGUCCUGGAGCGCUGUCGAAAAAGUCACACUCACAAGCCCAAUGGGAGAGAUGAUGGACAGGAUGACAGUCAGCCGUCCAUGAAGCUGGACAAGCACGCUGAUAUAAUAAACUGUGCUGGUAUUUUUUAUUUUACUUACUUACAAAUGCAACACAAAAUGUGCCCAUGGAAAAAAAAUACAAUAAAAUGAUUAAAGAUUUUUUAAGAAAUGGAGGUGCUUGAACAUGAAGAGCAUGUCAGAGGGAAUUCCAGUAAUCUACCCUCUGUAUUUAAACCUGAAAACCCAUCAUCCAUCCUUCGCAGACUCCUCUUAGAUUUUCAGAUGAAUACUUUAUGAUCAUAACUUAAUGUGACCAAUAGAGUCUUUAUACAAAACAAUUCCUUACCUCCAUACCAGCAACAUAUUUUAUCAUUUAAGUUUUGUAGCAUUCUUUAAUAGGGUGAUAGUUUUGCUUUAUUAUUGUGUUGUUAUAAAGUGGAAUUAAAACAAUAUUUGUAAAGAAUGUGUGUUCUGCAUUAAAACUGUAUUGUUUUAUAAGAUGUUGUUUACCAUUUAGAGAAAAACAU